AUGGCGAAUGAACGGAAUUGGAAGAACAACUAUGCAAGAGCCAUCUACGACAAGAUUUUCCAUCACUUCCAAGGUGCCAUUUUCCUUCAUGAAUUUGCAGAAAAUUCAGCCAAAUAUGGUAUCCAACAUUUGCAGCAUAUACUUCUUUCAGAGCUACUUCUGUUAAAAGAUCUAAGAAUAAACAUAUUUGAAGGAACCAGCUCAAUAAUAAGACGACUAAAUGAGAAAAGGGUUCUAAUUAUUCUUGAUGAUGUCAAUCAUGGAAACCAAUUAGAUGCCCUAGCUAAAAGCCAUGAUUGGUUUGGUGCAGGCAGUAGAAUCAUCAUAACAACAAAGGAUAAACACAUGCUUCUGCGAUAUAAGGUGGACAAAAUUUACAAAGUCACAGAAGCUGUGGAAGGCAUGUGGUUGCACUUGCCAAUUCCAAAAGAAACAAAUGUUGGUGAAGACGCCUUCAAAUAUAGGGACAACUUGAGGCUGCUCAAGAUACACAAUGCAGGCGUCUCCCUAGCCCAUGAUUUUCUUCCAAAUAAUUUGAUAUGGCUUCAUUGGCAUGGCUACCCAAUGAAAUCUCUUCCAGCAAGUUUUCAAGCAAAAAGGCUUGCUUGUCUGAAAACGCAGUAUAGCCGCAAUGCACACUUGUGGAAAGGAAUAAAGGUCCUAGACAAACUGAAGUUUCUCAACCUUAGUCACUCCCAAAAGCAAGUCACCUGUCCAGAUUUCACGGGGGUCCCCAAUCUUGAGAAGUUGAUUCUUGAAGAUUGUUGUAUAAUGGAGAUCCUUUCUUUUGAAAAUAAAUUCAAAGACGAAUGUGCGUUCUAA